AUGGUCGAUCCUUAUGAUUUUGUAGCUUCACCUCCAACUAUUAAAUCUAAACAAACACGUAAAAAAUCAAUAAUAAAAACUUCUAAGAAAAGAAAAUCAAAUGAAAAAUCACGACGAGUAUCAAUUCGGCAAACAAAUAGCAAACUUCAUAUACCUACAAGAUUGAAUAUACAUGAUACAGAUCAUUUAAUUGAUAUGCAUGAAAAAGAAAAUAAUCCUAAUCAAGGUUUUACACAAUUAAUUGAAACAAAAAUGAUGGAAGUCAAAAAACGACAAGGCAAACGUACGAAUAAAAAAGUGAAGAUAAUAACAGAUGAUAAUCAUUCUCCAUUAAUAAUGAAAAAACGACAACAAUCAGAGAUUGAAGAUAAUUCUGAUGUAAUACCCACAUCAACUGAAAAAGAUUCAACAUGUAACAAUUUUCCACCGAGCACAACCGACGAGCAUGUCAAUGUAGGUACAACGAAAAUAGCAAAUCCUCUUCCAUGUGAAUCAAAAGAUCAUUAUCUAGUUUUGGCAAACAAACGACGUCGUGCAUGUCUUUGUUCAAAAAGACAAUUAGACGAACUUGAAUUUGCUUCAGAUAAUGUUCCGUCACAAACACAAUGGCAACAAAACGAGGAGGAACAAUUACAAGAAAAGUCUCAUUUAGUAGACCCGAUUUUAAAUUCUGUUAAUCAUUCUCCACUUCCUCUUCUUCUUCCAUCUUCAAUUUUAAUACCACCUUCAACUUCAACAUUUACUCUUCCACCUGUUCAAUCAGUUUCAAUAAAUCAACAAGAAGAAGAAGAAGAAGAAGAAAAUCAAUUACAUGUAUCAUCUAUUAUGGCUGCUCCUCUUUCACCCGCAAUGCCUCUCAAUUCAACCUACAUUGCUCGUCGAUCGAUUCCGAUAAUAACACAAAUACCAUCAGCAUUACUUACUUUAUCCACAGUAAUUCCUGGAAAUACAACAACUAUUUCAGACAAUGCACCAUCACGAUUAACAUCAUCUAUCGUUGAACAUUCAAAUCUUGAACAAAACAAAUCUGAUCAUAUGUCUUUAUUAGCACCAAUUAAAACAAUUUCUAAUCGACAAGAUCAAGAAACAUCAAUGACACCAACAGAUGUUCAAACAAUAACAUGUUCCGUAUCAACACAAACUAGUGAUGAUGAUGAUGAUAAUUAUUAUCCAACUCAUCAUCCAUGUAAUGAUGUUAGUUUAUGUCCAUGUGUUCAGAUCUAUACACGCUCUGAGCAAUUGUUUAUGGCUAGCAUGUCAAUAUUCUUUCGUAAUUCAAUAACAGUAACACCUCCAGAACCAUUAUUAACAAUAAUUAAGAAUAGAAAAAAAAAGAAUGAUAAACGACAACAAAUAAAUCAUCCAGUUAUAUCUCCUCCUCAACCAAUUCCUUUAAUUAAUGACAUUGAAAUUCCAAUUCAAAUCGAAACACAUACAGAGAAACAUGAUAAUAUUCAAAUUAAUCAAACAUACGUAACUACCAAUCAUAACGAUAUUAUUCCUUCGAUCGAACCUGAACCUCAACAAUUAUCAUCACAUGUUUUACUCGAUACAUCGACAGUAAUUAAUGAAACUCGUAAUGAUAAUUCAAAAAAAUCUGAUGGAUCAUCUAUACAAAUUAAUAUUAAUGCAAAAGAAGCAUUAAAUAAAAAAUCACAUGAAGAAAAUUCAUCAUUAAAAUCUUUUAAUGAUCAAGAAAAAUUUAAGUCAUUAGUAUUAGCAAUGACAGCAUUAAAAGAUGAUCAAAAAAUUGUAUUUAAUCGUUUUAUUGAGUAUUUUUCUGUUCGUUCAUCAGCAUCAAUCGAUGAAACAACAACGCAUUUAAUAACUGAUGAAGAUGAUGAAAAUUCAUUAAAAUGUCCAUUAACUGGCAAAGUAUUACAAGCUGUUGCACGUCAUCUUACAAUCGUUUCUUAUCGAUGGUUAAAAGCAUGUUUAAAUGAACAAUGUUAUGUCGAUGAAAUUCCAACAUAUGAAAUCAUUGGUGAUACAAUAUAUAAUACACAUUAUGGUAUGUCUCAUUCUCGAUUAAAUAAUUCUAAUAAUUAUCGUCUAUUAGCAAAUUAUGCAUUUCAUUUAAAAUGUCAUGGUUGUCAACCAUUUAUAGAUAAUCGACCAUUAAUUGAACUUAUACAUUUAUCUGGUGGUCUUAUACUUAAAACACUUAAUCAACAUAUUGAUAAUAUUGGAAGACAAAUUAUAAUUUUAUGUUCAAAAAAAUAUCUUCAAAAUAAACUAGCAUUACAACAAGCUUGUCAAAAAUUGAAUAUUUUUUGUAUUGAGCCAGAAUGGCUAAUUGCUAGUAUUGUCAAAUUUGAUAUACAACCAUAUGAACCGUGGCUAUGUACUUUAUAUUCAUAA